AUGGCAAAUGCAGAUGUGAUAGAGCAUUUUUAUGGUGUUUAUUUAUUAUAUUGUAUGAAUCCAAAAUAUAAAGGAAGAACAUACAUAGGAUAUACAGUUGAUCCUUGUCGUAGACUUAAACAACAUAAUGCUGGAAAAGAUCAUAAAGGUGCUUGGAAAACAAGUAAUAAAGGACCAUGGAAUAUGGUAUUAAUUAUACAUGGUUUUCCAAAUAGUACAUCUGCACUUAGGUUCGAAUGGGCUUGGCAACAUCCUCAUAUUAGUCGACGUUUAAAACAUAUACCCAAGAAAAAAUCACAACAGAAAGUGUUUGAAUUUUACUUAUUGGUUUUAUCAGGCAUGUUAAAAGUUGGGCCCUGGUGUCGUUUACCUUUAACAAUACGUUGGUUGGACUAUGAGUUCUUUGAAGUGUAUGCUAAUUAUGUUUCAGCACCAAUGCAUAUGCCUAUAUGUUGUGGAAAAGUAAUUUCCCAAAAGAUUAAGAAAAUUGAUGACAUAGUGCAAACAUUGGAUAAAUCAUCUAUAAUUUGCUCUCUUUGUAAUUCCUUUUUAGAAAAAGAACAAUCAAUUGCCUGUAUAAAACCUAGCUGUUUGUUAGUAGCUCACUUAAUUUGUUUAGCACAAUUAUUUUGUAAAGAUAACAUGAUUUUACCAAUCGAAGGUAUUUGCCCUGUUUGUGAUACCAAUGUUUUAUGGGGGGAUUUAAUUAAAAAAAAAAUUGGUUGUUAUGGAAAUUUGCAAGAAGUUUCUUUUAGUGAUAAUGAUUGUAUUUCAGGUAAAUUAUAACAAU